CCGUGACCAACCAUCCCUCUUCCUGGCCUCGUGAAGUGUCUUUCUCUCAACCAUGCCGUGCUUUUCGUCUGGAACCUCCGCGUCGAGAAAUUAAGUUGCCGACAAGGCACCCAUACUGUGUAUUAGUGUCUUGGAGCAGCCCAAGCCACAGCCGCCUGCCAGCGGAAUAUUUGCUCUUCCGCCAAGCUUAAAUAUGUUCUCCUCACCAAAACGUGCAGUUGCGUUGGCGUGUGCCAUCUUUGUCUGUGUGCUUCUGACCGGCUACCAGUCAAGCAAGCAAAAGUAUGUGGCGAAGCCUCUCCGGGUUGGAGGGUCCUUUAGGAAUGGAACGAUCGGGGUGUCCUCUUCGGCGGCAUCGUCUCUCAAUACACAAAUACCCUUCUGGACCACGGAGCAGCGCGAGCCCCGAUUUGCCUACGUGCAGUAUGCGACUGACAUGGACUAUUUGUGCAAUGCGGUCAUCAACUUCCAUCGUCUUUCAUUGUUUGGUUCCAGGCACGAUCAAGUCCUGAUUAUCCCAGACAAGUGGAUGGAAGGAAACACAAGAGAAGCCGAAGCCAUCAAGAAGAUCAGGCACGAGCUUCCUCGCCUCGUUCUUCGACCCUUCGUCCUUCUUGCUACCCACAAAGGCAGUGCGACAUGGGCCAAGAGCCUCACCAAGCUCCACGCCUUUGACUUAACCGACUACACGCGCGUUUUGGCCUUCGACUCUGACUCGCAAGUUCUCAAUAGUAUGGACCAUUACUUCCUUGCCCCGAUGGCCGCCGUUGCUGUACCACGAGCCUAUUGGCUGAACGAGAAAGACACACCUAUCGCUGAGCAGGUUCUCAGCUCCCACGUCAUGCUUAUAGAGCCAAGUAGGAAACGAUACAAGAAGAUUGUCAAGGAGGCGAUGAGAUCAGGCGACGUUGACAUGGAGGUUAUGAACCACAUGUUCAAGGACUCGGCCAUGAUCCUACCUCAUCGACGACUUGCGCUUCUGACAGGGGAAUUCCGCCGCAAAGACCACAAGAAGUACCUUGCACCGGAUGAUGAUGAGGAUUGGAACGCCAUGAAGGAGGUCUUGAGGUCCUACCUGGUUCACUUCAGCGACUGGCCGCUGCCGAAGCCGUGGAAGCCGCACACAGAUGACCAGUGGCAGGCCGCCCUGCCCGACUGUCCGGAGGAGGAAGAGGACAAGCCUGACCGCCCGAGGUGUGCUGACCGAACAGUUUGGUCAACCAUCUACAGUGAUUUCAAGGAUGAUAGGAAGAAGUACUGCAGGACCUGGGUAUAGUGUCAUUUCAACGGGCAAUAAAAGAAAAGCAUGAAUCAAAUCAGCACGUUCUACGUCAAAUACUUUCCGAAUGAUGGUCUCUCGAACGCCUGUUCCGGCUCCAGACAUAGGACCCUCUAAAUUACUCGAUGAGUAUUAAUGUUCCUACCUCAAUGCACGGUAUGGUCCUCUCCACUCAUGUGAAGUUUAAUGUGGCAAGCCAGUUGUGAAGGUGGAAGGUGUGAUCACCAGGUUCUCACACCAGUGAUUAAGGCACGUUGUCAAGGUGGUCCCUCUUAAGGUGGCACACGUACAAAACCA